CGUAACAUAUCCCGUUUAAUUAUUAUUGGAGUUAUAUUUGUAGUUUUGAUAAAUUUCAAUCUUAUUCUAAUAUCAUGGAUGAAGAUAUGCGUACUGUUUGGUGUGGAAAUUUAAGUGAAAAAGUAACAGAGGAGAUUCUAUACGAAUUAUUUUUACAGGGUGGUCCCGUACAAAGAGUUUCUAUUCCUAAAGAUCGCGAUGGCAAGCAAAGAGCAUAUGGAUUCGUAACAUAUAAACAUAUUAAUUCCGUAAAAUAUGCUUUAAAUCUAUUUCAUGGUACAGUGCUAUUUAAUCGUCCUCUUAGUAUGGGCCCAAGGAAAAAUGUAGAAUUGCCACAAAUUACACAAUCACAAGACCAUGCUAUUGAUCUCAACUAUAGGCUACAAUUAGGACAGCAAAUGGUAUUAGGAAGUGAUAUGUCCCAUUUGAGAAUAGACCCAUUUGGAAUAAGUAUGUUACCAAGCACAAAUUCAUACAUGAAACAAACUCUUUCACAUAAAGAUGAUAGAAGAUCUCGACGAGUACAUCCUUAUCAUAGAGAACAAAAUAAAAGUAAUAACCAUCAUAAAGAUCACAGAUCUAGAGAUAGCCAUAAUAAUCAUAGGACAAAUUAUUAUUCCAGACAUGAUUGUAAAAGUAAUAAUAGGCAUAAUUAUCGUUAA